AUACAUUUAUACAUAUCUAUAUUUAUAUAUAUAUAUUUAAAUCUAUUUAGAGUUUCGAGUUAAUUCAUUAAUUCUGAAAAUUGCAGUUAAACGUAACAAGACUUAAAACAUUCAACAAUACUCGAAAAUACUUCAACAUGGAUCUUUGUCCGGAGAAGAACGGCGAUAAGCCCGAGCUGGCUCCAACUUGGAGUAAUCUGACAGCCCAUUUGCCCUGGACACCGGGACAGGACAUGGAGACGACAGCCGGCAUGAGGGUCUUCACCUCGGUCAUGUUGCACGCCUGGCGGCAAAGACGCGCCGAUGUCAGAAGAUUGCAAAAGGUCGUCGAACAUCUGCAGAGGAAAACCAUGUACUCCAAGAAUGAUCUGCUUGUCUCCAACACUUUGAUGCGCGUGGAGCAGAAACGCUGCUUGGAACUCCAGUUGGAGCUGAAACGCUCCACUUUGAACAUCAGCCAGGUACGCUCCUCUUGCGACCAGUUGACCAAUUCUGUGCUCAGCCUAAAUACCGAAAAGGAGCAACUAGAAAGCGACUUAGAGAACUGCAGAAAUGAGUUCGUGGAGUUGCAAAAACGAGCAAAUCAAAUGGCAGACAAUUUGCACGCUGCUCAACUGAAGCAGCGCCACCUGAAGUUGCAGCUGUCCAUGGAGCAGGCGAAAGUGCAGCAGCUGAUGGAGGAGAAGCAGCAACAGCAAAUGCGGAACUUGGAGAGUAGCUAUAAAGAAAGAGAAGACGCCUAUUUGCUGGAGCUGGAGGAGAAAAGUGAGGCAUUGCGUAAAAUGCGAUCCACAAUCGAGAGACUCGAGCAGGAGCUGAGAAGGGAUCAGAAUAUUUUCUCAAAGUAUUUCAGGAAUGUCAUUGGACUCGAGGAGCAGUGUCUGAAGCGCAUGGGGCACCAAGAAAAUCAUAAUACUAAUAAUAACCUCCCUGCUGGGACUUCCUCCAGAUCGAAUAUUCAAAUCGUCUCGAUGGCAGAAGAGUUUCGAUUUGGUCAGCUAUUUUCUAAAGUCCACAAUAUUAUUUCGAGCGCUGCAUUAUUUUUGUUGUUUGUCCUGUUGCCCAACAAAUCGGCGCGAAGUGGUUGCUCGCAGCCGAAGAAUCCACAAGCUUGUCACAAAUAAAUUCAUAUACCCUGUCAAGAAUAUAAAUUAGUGUCACUUAAGCACAACGUA